AAAAAAAACAGUCACUGCUCUCUGUGGUGGAUUCCAUCGACUUCACCAACGGUCUGCAGCAACACGACUCUCUCGGCCUUCUCUAUCCACUGAAGACAUACAUUUGAUUCAAUUUGGGGCUCUGCUUGUUUCUCACUCUACAGUACACAAACAACACAUUGUUUACAAUUGAAAAAAGAUAUGGAUGGAAUGCAAAUAGCCCUUCCUGUACUUGGAAUUGUAGCAGCAGCAGCUGUUACCUUCUAUGCAGUCAGCUUUGCUGAGAUUAGAGAGAAAACUUUCAGAGAUUUAGAUGAAUCAGAAGAAUCUGAGAAUGAAGGAGGAUUCAAGUCAUCUCUUAGCUCAAGAGAAAGGCGUGCCAGAAGAAAGGCUGAUAAACAGUCCAAGCCUUGACCAUAUACAUCUUUCAUUUCAUAUACAUUAUUUGUUGCUUUUAUGAUAUCUAUUUUUAAUCUUUGUUUUCUCUGUCUCUCGCAUGGCUUUUUAGUGGUUCACUUUUGUUUUAUGCUUCUCUUUAAUGCUAUAUUUGGUUGGGGGACGUGGGAAGGGAUUUGAAAAUAGAAAGGAAAAAAAUUUGUGAAAUGUAAUUUUAUUUAUAUUUCACCUGCCUUUUCCUUUUCUGUUUCUAAA